AUGGCCCCCGUCAGAGACGUCCCCUCAAAGAUGGCCCCGUCAGAGAUCUCCCCUCAGAGACGCCCCCCGUCAGAGACCUCCCCUCAGAGAUGCCCCGCCGUCAGAGACCUCCCCACUGAGAUGGCCCCCGUCAGAGACUUCCCCGUCAGAGACCUCCCCACAGAGAUGGCCCCCGUCAGAGAUCUCCCCUCAGAGACUUCCCCUCAGAGAUGGCCCCCGUCAGAGACUUCCCCUCAGAGAUCUCCCCUCAGAGAUGGCCCCCGUCAGAGAUCUCCCCUCAGAGACUUCCCCUCAGAGAUGGCCCCCGUCAGAGACGUCCCCUCAAAGAUGGCCCCGUCAGAGAUCUCCCCUCAGAGACGCCCCCCGUCAGAGACUUCCCCUCAGAGAUGCCCCGCCGUCAGAGACCUCCCCACUGAGAUGGCCCCGUCAGAGACUUCCCCUCAGAGAUGGCCCCCGUCAGAGAUCUCCCCUCAGAGACGAUGGCCCCCGUCAGAGACGUCCCCUCAAAAGAUGGCUCCGUCAGAGAUCUCCCCUCAGAGAUGCCCCCCCGUCAGUGACCUCCCUUCAGAGACGGUGGCCCCCGUCAGAGACUUCCCCUCAGAGAUGGUCCCCGUCAGAGACGUCCCCUCAAAGAUGGUCCCGUCAGAGAUCUCCCCUCAGAGACGCCCCCCGUCAGAGACCUCCCCUCAGAGAUGCCCCGCCGUCAGAGACCUCCCCACUGAGAUGGCCCCCGUCAGAGACUUCCCCUCAGAGAUCCCCCCUCAGAGAUGGCCCCGUCAGAGAUCUCCCCUCAGAGACUUCCCCUCAGAGAUGGCCCCCGUCAGAGACGUCCCCUCAAAGAUGGCCCCGUCAGAGAUCUCCCCUCAGAGAUGCCCCCCGUCAGAGACCUCCCCUCAGAGAUGCCCCGCCGUCAGAGACCUCCCCACUGAGAUGGCCCCCGUCAGAGACUUCCCCUCAGAAAUCUCCCCUCAGAGCUGGCCCCCGUCAGAGAUCUCCCCUCAGAGACUUCCCCUCAGAGAUGGCCCCCGUCAGAGACGUCCCCUCAAAGAUGGCCCCGUCAGAGAUCUCCCCUCAGAGACGCCCCCCCCGUCAGUGACCUCCCUUCAGAGACGAUGGCCCCCCCGUCAGAGACUUCCCCUCAGAGAUGGCCCCCGUCAGAGACGUCCCCUCAAAGAUGCCCCCCGUCAGAGAUCUCCCCUCAGAGAUGCCCCCCGUCAGAGACCUCCCCUCAGAGAUGCCCCGCCGUCAGAGACCUCCCCACUGAGAUGGCCCCGUCAGAGACUCCCCCUCAGAGAUCUCCCCUCAGAGAUGGCCCCCGUCAGAGACGUCCACUCAAAGAUGGCCCCGUCAGAGAUCUCCCCUCAGAGACGCCCCCCGUCAGAGACCUCCCCUCAGAGAUGCCCCGCCGUCAGAGACCUCCCCACUGAGAUGGCCCCCGUCAGAGACUUCCCCUCAGAGAUCUCCCCUCAGAGACGAUGGACCCCCGUCAGAGACGUCCCCUCAGAGAUGGCCCCCGUCAGAGACGUCCCCUCAAAAAUGGCCCCGUCAGAGAUCUCCCCUCAGAGAUGCCCCCCCCGUCAGUGA